ACUCUCUCGGGACUUACUUUUCUUUUACAUGCCUUGCACAGCUUCGGGUAACUGACUUGUCUCGUUUUAUGUAGUGAUUAUUUCUGUCAAUUUGGCAUGUCAUCCACAGGACUCAAGGCCACAAUGUCUCCCAGGAUCAAGACAGACCCCAACAGGAUGAUCUCUCAAUCUCUUCAAGCACUUCCCCAGGGUUCCCGACCCAUGCAUUCCAUGCACGGACUGCCGAGCUUGACAUCUACAGCCUCCCAGGAUGAUGAUCUUUCAAGCCAGGAUAGGUUUUCCUUGUCUUCACACAUGCAGAGCAACCAGACAUCCCAUGGAAUGGAAGGAUGGGCUAUGACCUCUUCGGGCUCCAUUGAUUCCACUGAUAUGACACCAAGCGAGCCUGAAUCCCCGGAAGUCCAGAUGUUGUCUUUUUCCUUGUCACAGCAGUUGAUGCCUAGCAGCCACGGCGACUCUGCCAACAGUGGUUCCAUGUAUUCUUCACUGUCUGAUUUCCAGGCUGUCCAGGAUGUGACCGACAACGACAUGGAUUUCACCCAAGCACAGGAUUUUCACCAGUUUUCUUCCAUGGUGGACUUUUCCUAUGACCAUGACACGUGCACCUCGAGCGGGACUCAGGGAUGCACACCAGACGAUGCUGCGUCGGUGGGACAUGGCUCCCAGAAUGAUGACACCCAAAUGAUGGCUGCCAGCGAUGCUUGGAGUUCUUUGGCCAUGGAAACUGGAAGCUUUCAUGGAUCAACCCUGGACCACCUCUCGUCUCAUAUCUUCCACCCCGUUCCCGUCUCUCCCCCUUUGACCGAAGCAAGCAAUGAUAUGUCUGUCACGUCGUCUUGUUCCAAUUCUGGUUAUUCCUUCCAUACCCAUGAGGAUGCGUUCUUUGGAGACCUUGCGCCCACCACCAUUGGGGGUCAGACGAUCAACUUGGGCGAUCCGCUCUUCCCUUUGACACCACCAUUGAGUGAACAGGAUCCCAACAGGACAAUUAGACCUUCCAAACAGGCGCAGAGGCCACUACUCUCAGCGGCUACAUCCCGCAACCAGAGGAAAUCGGACCCUGAGUUUUAUUCUUCCUUGUCUGUUAGAGAGCCUCUUCGCCAGCGGUCCAAGGACGGUUCCGAGAUCAGAGCUCCCCGGGAUCAUCCAUACUAUUCUCUGCCAACCCAGGCCGAUGGAAAGUACUACUGCCCUUUUGCCACUGGAGACAAGCCUUGUAAUCACCCUCCUACUACUCAGAAAUGCGCUUACCAUAAAUAUCUGGACUCUCACUUGAAGCCAUACCGUUGCAAGGUUCCUGCCUGCAUGGAUGCCCAGUUGCAGUUUUCUUCCAAUGCGUGUCUUUUCCGUCACGAGAGAGAAGCCCAUGGAUUGCACGGCCACGGAGACAACCCCCAUUUGUGCCUGUUUGAAGGAUGUGACCGAUCUGUCCCUGGAUACGGCUUCCCCCGCCGUUGGAAUCUCUUUGACCACAUGAAGAGGGUCCACGAUUACACUUCAUCCGAGCGCCCCAGCUCUCCAGAGACCGCCCCUGGUGUCCUCAAUGCGAAGAAGAAGGAUACUGUGCGCAAGAGGAAGGUCACGGGGCCAACUGCAGCCCAGACAAUGAAGCGUACCCGCUCUACUCACUCCCAGGCGAACCCCUUGAAGGCUGCCCAUGCUACUGCCCACCUCGGACAGCGGCUGCAGAAUGCGGAGAGGAACUACUAUAACUGCCGCUCUCGCUUGCUCGAGGAGAUUAGUAACAUCACCCCUCAGGAUCCAGCCAUACACGAAAAGGUCAAUGCCAGCCUCCAGGAACUGAUCACCUUGGGUCUGAACUACCGUCACAUUGAGGCUAGCCAAGCUGCGACCCAGAUGAAUGGAAGCGCCUCAACUUGAGGACGUUCAGGAUGAGGUUCUUGACACUCGAAGACCUCUUUGGAUUUUAACCUCGCCCCCAAUUGGGAGAUUGACCCACCAGAUGUUCCAAGCUCACGAUGCCCAGACAUGAGCAGAACAGGUGCGCAUGCUGAGCCAGUCCUGGAACA